UGUGAUCGUUUAUCUUCCCCCUCAAUUUAAUUUUCAACAGAACGUUGAUUUCUACCGCUGUAACCGUACAUUUGUUUCACAUAGCUAAGGCACUUCUCACUUGCCGAAUCACUCAAAAAUACUUCUGUGGACCGGAUAUCUCUAGCCAGUAAUCACCAUGCCUAAAGACAAGAAAAUUCAGAACGCUUUCAAACGUUCAGAAGUCCAUCGGAAAACAAAACGUGAAAAAGAACAAGCCAAGCUCCAACGCCGUCUUGAGAUAAAAAAGGCUGAAAAAGACAAAGUAACUGGGGCUGCUCUCCGCGCCGAGCGUUUGUCAAAGAAUAUCCCUGUAACCCUCGAUAAUACUCGUGUUUACGAUUCCAGUUCGUAUCUUACAGCAAAUCCUGCAUCCCUGCAAAACUUGGCUCAGGAGGCGAAAGAAGCCAGUGCAUUGAUCAAUGAGAAUGAUCUUAUGGGGAAACAACCAUCCAAGGAAUUAAGUAACAGAGAAGAUAGCGCCGUUUUAACAUCCGGCCCGUCAAGUGACCAAGAAGAGGAUGCGGACGGGUCAAGUGAAAUGUCUGAUAAGGAAAUCGAAGAAAAGCUGGAUGGAGAAGAUCAAGAAGCCUCCGCAAUGCGAGACAUAACUACUCAAUCACCACCCCGUAUCUUGAUCACCACAUCACCGUCUCCUUGCAAACAAACUUAUCAGUUUUGCGAUGACUUGAAAAAUGUUUUUCCGGGUGGAGAAUUCUUCAAAAGGCCAAAGGGUAGAGGAUUUGAAAUUGGCAGGGUGUCCAGAUGGGCCAGUAAAAGAGGUUAUCGAGCUUUGAUUGUUGUAAAUGAGGAUCAUAAAAUACCCAAUGCUAUCACCUUAAUAAACCUGCCUUCCGGACCCACCGCAUACUUCAAGCUUUCCAGUAUAACACUUUCGUCCAACAUAUACGGGCAUGCUCGUCCCACUCCCCAUUCCCCGGAGCUCAUACUGAACAAUUUCACUACCCUUCUUGGAAAUAGUGUUGGGCGACUGUUUGGGUCCCUUUUCCCACCCCAGCCGCAAUUUCGAGGGCGUCAAGUUGUCACUUUGCAUAAUCAACGAGAUUUCCUCUUUUUCCGUCGCCACAGGUAUAUGUUCCCUUCUGCCACUUCGGCCAAACUCCAAGAGAUUGGUCCGCGCUUUACCCUAAAACUUCGAUGGCUUCGAAAAGGCCUUCCAUCUGUCACGGCUCCCGACGGUCACGCCUCUAUUGGCGGGGAUCCUGCGGACGAAAUAUACGGAACUGAAGUUGGGCCCAGUAAGGAGGAAAUUGCACAAGAUGAGUUGGAUGAAGAAGAUGAGGCACUGAAAGAGAUUGGGCAACCAGCCCAGAAAAAGAAUGUUUAUGAAGGGACCGAAGUGCCUCCGCUCGAUGAGGAGCAGGAGUAUGAGUGGAAGUGGAAGCCGAAGAUGGAAGUAUCGAGGAGAACCUUCUUUUUAUGAUGCAAAAUUGAUCAUCAUAUCGCCUCAUCAGAUUCUGGCCAACCUCCUGUCCAAGAUUCACAUGUUGUUCGGCGUCAUCUGACUAUUAUGAUAUCUAUAGACAACCCGCAAGCUGCUUCUCAUCACCUAGUCUAAGCGUUCCGAGCGCUGGCAACGCAAGAUUGUGGCGACUCUCAAAUGACUAUAUGAUGGGAAUGACAGAGACACAAUCCCGCUUCUUUUGGGGCAUCACCUGCUUGUUACUGUUAGACACAUUAGGCAUGAAUACAAUCUUAUCAGCC